AUGGCAAUUGAAAACCAAGAUAACACAUCUGUCAGAGAAAUCAAACCAAAAAACAGAAGAAUCAUGGGUGUUGGAGGUCCUGAUGAAGAGGAUGACCAUAGAUGGCCACCAUGGUUGAAACCUUUGUUAAAAGAAAUUUUUUUUGUUCAAUGCAAGUUACAUGCUGAUUCUCACAAAAGUGAAUGUAAUAUGUAUUGUUUGGAUUGUAUGAAUGGUCCUAUCUGUUCUCUUUGUCUUGCUUAUCAUAAAGAUCAUUGUUUUAUUCAGAUUAGAAGAUCUUCUUACCAUGAUGUGAUUAGGGUGAAUGAGAUUCAGAAGGUAUUGGACAUCACUGGUGUUCAAACCUAUGUUAUCAACAGUGCAAGAGUUGUCUUUUUGAAUGAAAGGCCUCAGCCAAGGCCGGGAAAAGGUGUCACAAACACUUGUGAAGUUUGCGAGCGUAGUCUUCUUGAUUCCUUCCGGUUCUGCUCUCUCGGUUGCAAGAUUGUAGGAACAUCUAAGAAUUUCCAGAAGAAAAAGAAACAAUUGACCGCAAUGGCAUCAGAAUCCGAAGAUUCAUACAGUAGCAACGGCAACAUUCAUAGCCGUCAGAAGAAAAUCAAAGUUCAAAGCUUCACACCAUCAACACCACCUCCAACUUCUGUUAAUUACAGAACAGCCAAGAGAAGAAAAGGAAUUCCACAUAGAUCCCCAUUGGGGAUAGAUAGUUGGUAUUAUUAA